AUGAUCCAUUCCGUGGUCGGCUACAUGCGGCCGAUCGCGUCCCUGCGGCAGUUUUCCGGUCCAUCGGCGCCGCCCAAGCACGCCCUGUUGGCCCACGUGUACGGCGUCAAAAACGUGUACACCGGCCUCAUCCGCCUGUAUGCCGCCUACCAGAUCACCAAUCCGGCGCUGUACAACCUGACGACGCUCACCUUUGUCGGCGUCCUGGCUCUCUACAGCACGGAGCAUCUGGUCUUCCGCACCGUCGGCACCCGGGAGGCGCUGGCCUCGUAUGUCAUUGCGACGAUCGGCUUCGUAUGGAUGCAGAGCUACCGGGGUUGGUACCUGGCAUAA